CCGGCUCCGCGCAGCAGGCGCGCUCCACACAGAAUACUAGGAUCUUCAAUGGCAGGAGAAGGAGUAAUUAGAAGACCGAGAUGAAUUUUAACACUAUUCUAGAAGAGAUUCUCAUUAAAAGGUCCCAGCAGAAAAAGAAGACAUCACCCCUAAACUACAAAGAGAGACUUUUUGUACUUACAAAGUCCGUGUUAACCUACUAUGAGGGGCGAGCAGAGAAAAAAUACCGAAAGGGAUUUAUUGAUAUUUCGAAGAUCAAGUGUGUGGAAAUAGUGAAGAAUGAUGAUGGCGUUAUUCCCUGUCAGAACAAGUACCCAUUUCAGGUUGUUCAUGAUGCUAAUACGCUUUACGUUUUUGCACCUAGUGCACAAAGCAGAGACCGGUGGGUGAAGAAGUUAAAAGAAGAAAUAAAGAACAACAAUAAUAUUAUGAUUAAAUAUCAUCCUAAAUUCUGGACAGAUGGAAGUUAUCAGUGUUGCCGACAAACUGAAAAAUUAGCACCUGGAUGUGAAAAAUAUAAUCUUUUUGAGAGUAGUAUUAGGAAAGCACUACCUCCAGCCCCAGAAAUAAAGAAGCGAAGACCUCCCCCACCAAUUCCGCCAGAAGAAGAUAAUAAUGAAGAAAUAGUUGUGGCGAUGUACGAUUUCCAAGCGACAGAAGCCCAUGACCUCAGGUUGGAGAGAGGCCAAGAGUAUAUCAUAUUAGAAAAGAACGACGUUCAUUGGUGGAAAGCAAGAGAUAAAUAUGGGAGUGAAGGAUAUAUCCCAAGUAACUAUGUAACAGGAAAGAAAUCAAACAACUUAGAUCAAUAUGAAUGGUACUGCAGAAACAUGAACAGGAGCAAGGCUGAGCAGCUCCUCAGGAGUGAAGAUAAAGAAGGUGGUUUUAUGGUAAGGGACUCCAGUCAACCAGGCUUGUACACGGUCUCCCUUUACACAAAAUUUGGAGGAGAAGGUUCAUCAGGUUUCAGGCAUUAUCACAUAAAGGAAACAACAACAUCUCCAAAGAAGUACUACCUAGCAGAAAAACAUGCUUUUGGGUCAAUUCCUGAGCUUAUUGAGUAUCACAAGCACAACGCCGCAGGACUUGUCACGAGACUACGGUACCCAGUUAGUACGAAGGGGAAGAACGCCCCGACCACUGCAGGAUUCAGCUAUGAGAAAUGGGAGAUUAACCCUUCUGAGCUGACCUUUAUGAGGGAAUUGGGAAGCGGGCUGUUCGGAGUGGUGAGGCUGGGCAAGUGGCGAGCCCAGUACAAAGUGGCCAUCAAAGCCAUCAGGGAAGGUGCCAUGUGCGAGGAGGACUUUAUAGAAGAAGCUAAAGUGAUGAUGAAGCUGACACACCCAAAGUUAGUUCAGCUUUAUGGCGUGUGCACCCAGCAGAAACCAAUCUACAUUGUCACCGAGUUCAUAGAGAGGGGCUGCCUUCUGAAUUUCCUCCGCCAGAGACAAGGUCAUCUCAGCAGAGACGUGCUCCUGAGCAUGUGUCAGGACAUAUGUGAGGGGAUGGAGUACCUGGAGAGAAACAGCUUCAUCCACAGAGACCUGGCUGCCAGAAAUUGUCUAGUAAAUGACGCAGGAGUUGUGAAAGUAUCUGAUUUUGGAAUGGCCAGGUAUGUUCUGGAUGACCAGUACACAAGUUCCUCCGGUGCCAAGUUUCCCGUGAAGUGGUGUCCCCCUGAAGUCUUUAACUACAGCCGCUUUAGCAGCAAAUCCGAUGUCUGGUCAUUUGGAGUUUUAAUGUGGGAAAUUUUUACGGAAGGAAAAAUGCCUUUUGAAAAUCAGUCAAAUUUACAAGUGGUGGAAACCAUUUCUAAAGGAUUCAGGCUGUAUCGGCCUUACCUGGCACCAAUGUCCAUCUAUGAAAUCAUGUACAGCUGCUGGCAUGAGAAACCUAAUGGCCGCCCUACAUUUGCUGAGCUGCUGAAGACUCUCACAGAGAUUGCAGAAACCUGGUGACCUGAAACGGAACAUCAACCCAGAGGGUCGUCUUGCAAAAUUGUCACAAAAGGAAAUCCUGUGUGGGGUCACGGAUGGUGAACAUCUUUCUUCAGAGUUGCUGACUCUUGAAAACAGUGCAAAGAUCAUGGGCCUUUAAAACUUUUUAUAAGACUAUUCUAGCAUGUAAGAGGGACUUCCACACUCUUAUUUUUCUGUAGUAUAUUUCACAUCCCAUAUGUGAAGAUGGGAAAAGCCUCCACGGCAGCUUUCAGAGAGGCGGCUGUUCAUGACAAUGGCUCCAAGACCCUCGAGGGGAUGUGAAGAGCUGAUCCUCCACGAGGCUGAGGAAACUUCUCUCUUGAAAGGGAGUGACAGUCAUCAUUUCAGUGGUGCAUUGAAGAGGAAAAUAAAUUCUGUCACCUCAUGGGACAAAGAAGCCUCCCCUCAAGACUUUCAAGCUUUUGAGCUGUAUAGAUCUUUAUAGAAAAUGACUGUUGUAAAUGACGUGAAUGUGAGCAUUUUGGAAAUGUCUUUUAUAAUAUUCUGUGUUAUUUAAUAAAUUGUUUUUGCACAUA